CAAAUGCCGCAAUCGGCCGGCGCUGCACGGCGCGGCAACGUCGCGUCUGCCGCGCCGCACCGCCCCUCAUUGAUCGCACGUCAGUUGCCGCGGCAACGCUGCGAGAUCAUCAUGGUGUUCAGUAAAAUACAAAUGUCAGACAGUGCCACAAUGAAAUUAAUUAAAGAAGUGCAUAAACACGGAUGUAUUUGGAAUCCUGAGGACGAAAACUACAGCGAUAGACAGCAUUUGUUGGUGGCGUGGGACGAAAUAGCGAAAGCGCUGGAUAUGCCAGAAGAUAUCAUCCGUGGAAAAUGGAAGAUUCUGCGUGACUUCUUCAAGAGAGAAGUAAAAAGGAAAAAUGUCACUUCCGUAGAAGAAUACAAAGGGAGAUGGCGAUACUUCAAUAGUCUCGGCUAUCUACUACAUCUCUCCUUACCAAGAGGAGAAGAUGAAGAGGAACGCACAAGCGAGAAAGUCGAUGUCGAGAUAGAAUACGAACCAAAGUACGCCCCAGACGCAAACCUUGAAGUGUAUUUGGAGGAUCCUAUUCCAGAAAAACGCUUCAAACCCAAUGAUUCAGAGGACUACGAUUUAAUGUUCUUGAAGUCGCUUACGCCGUUUUUUAAGCAACUGGAGCCGACUAGGAACUUGGUGGUGAGGAGCAGGAUACAAGACAUGCUGCUGAAUGAGAUAGCUGCGCAGAAUAUGAACAGGAAUAAGAUAUAGU